AAACAAUAUGGGAGAUCGUAAUUAUGAUCCAGAGCAACUAAAUUACAAUCUUUUCAUAUUUCGAGCCAAAAAAUGCAUAAGAGAUUUCUUGGAAGCAGGAAAUGUCGAUCUAGACCGUUUAAAAGAGAUUUUCUAUAAUCUUAAUGCCGAAUCACCGACAUUAAACCAGCAGAUAAAUCAGGCUACAACAGUUGAGAAGAUCGUGCAGAUCCUGGAGGAUCACAGGAUCAUCAAUAUCAAUGAUGUAUCACUUUUAGGAAGAUUAGCGGAGGAAUUAAAUCUGGAGGACUUACAAAAAGCAGUUGACAACUAUGAUUGGUAUCAUUCUCAAGGUAUAAGGAGGAUAGCUCUCCGUUUGAAAGCCGUUUUGUCUAACAGAUCUGUACAAAGAUUAGCUGGUACUGCAAUACUCGUCGCUCUAUAUAGUGAGAGAAGAGAAUUAUGGGAAGCCAUUGGGGAAACUUUACCAGAGGCAGUAAGACUCACAGGAGUGAUGGAAGGCUCUAUUGCAUUUGUUGUGGAGUCAUCAAGUUUGUCAGCAUUAAGAGAACUGUGGUCAAGCUAUAAGGAUGGGUCACUUCAAGAAAACAUCAGAAAAGCUCUGAAUGACACCAAAGAAGUCAGAGAAGUAUUUGAUGGAGAGGAGUUUGACGUGGAAGUCACCAUUGAUGAGGAUGAAUACAGGGAUGCAUGCUGGAACGCCGUUCUCGUGCAAAUGGCGGAUCGAUACAAGCCGACUGAAGAGAGUUCCUCUGUAGGCAGAGAACAUAGGCACUCGUUAUGUGACGUGGAUUUACCCAGAGUUACCAUGACCGAGCUGGCCUGGAGCGAUUGGAUUAACGUUAGAGAAAUCUACAACGAAUCAAGGAUAGAAUCAAACAAGAGGAGAAAAGCAGAAAACAAGGUUGCUGAGCUAGCACGCGAGUUACAUAUCCUUGAGAACGAGAGACAACCAUUAGUAAGUGAGAGGAUUCUUCAGUUGCAGAGUGAAUUACAAAGAAUCCAACAUGAACAAGGAGAGAUGAACAGGGAAAAUUUGCGUUUGAAGAACAAGUUGAACGAGAUUCUUAGUAUUCAGUUAGAUACGUUGUGGGAAAGCGAACCAGAAGACUUGUUGAAUGUUCAACAUCUGACAGCUGAUCUAAUCAAGAAAGCACCAGACACAUUGGAAUUGGCUGAGAGGCUAAUGUCAGAUUUGUCAAAGAAAAUAGUCAGCCAUCCUGAGCUUCACAUUCUUGUUCUGAUGCAAAUGAUGCAGUUAACUGCAAAGGUAUUGAAAUCACAACCAUGGUAUCAACUUGAUGAUGGAAGUAAAAUGAAACUGACCUCAGGUUUUGAAACUAUGAUGACAAUUGUGAUGACUUCGGUUGCUGAUCGAAUUGUUAAACAUCCUGACCUGAGCACUGAUGUAUUGAUUCAAGUGAUGCAGGAAAACACAAAGGCAUUGCAACAACUACCAUGGUAUCACCUUGAUGAUGGAAGUAAAAUGAAGCUGACCUCAGGUAUUGAAAUUAUGAUGACUCAGGUUGCUGAGCAACUUGUUAACCAUUCUGACCUGAGCACUGAUGUAUUGAUUCAAGUAAUGCAGGAAAACACAAAGACAUUGCAACAACUAAUACCAUGGUAUCACAUUGAUGAAGGAAGUAAAAUGAAGCUGACCUCUGGUAUAGAAACCAUGGUGACUUGGGUUGCUGAGCAACUUGUUAACCAUUCUGACCUGAGCACUGAUGUAUUGAUUCAAGUAAUGCAGGAAAACACAAAGACAUUGCAACAACUAAUACCAUGGUAUCACAUUGAUGAAGGAAGUAAAAUGAAGCUGACCUCUGGUAUAGAAACCAUGGUGACUUGGGUUGCUGAGCAACUUGUUAACCAUUCUGACCUGAGCACUGAUGUAUUGAUUCAAGUAAUGCAGGAAAACACAAAGGCAUUGCAACAAUUACCAUGGCAAAAACUUGAUGAUGGAAGUAAAAUGAAGCUGACCUCAGGUAUUGAAAUUAUGAUGACUUCGGUUGCUGAUCGACUUGUUAACCAUUCUGAC